CCAACCACGGCCGUUCACCUGUUGCACCUGUUGUCGCUGACAGGUAGACAAAACCACAAGCUGCUCUUCGACGCGGAUCCCUCUUACAUUUGAUCAUAGUUGUUGUUUUUUUGUGCGGGGCGCCCGAACGAGAGCUGUUUCGUUUUUUUAUUGCUGUUUUUUAGUGGUUUAAACCCUGUUUUUGAGGGCAGUGGGAGGAAGGUGUACGCUUCCUCAACCGGUCCCUUCAGUAGAACAGGUUUCGUCACUCUUCGCUGGUUUCUGCCUUGUGGGCAGUGAAAUGGUUUCCAUAUUGAUUUGACUGGGGGUAUUUACAUGGUACUUCCACCCGAGUGUACCGGUAAAGGGACUGGUUUUAGGCCUACCCCUUCAGGUGGAAUAGUUUCGUGUUAAGGAAGUGACUGUGAUGAUGUUACUCCAGCUGUACUGUUCUCUUCAGUUCAGUUAGCCGCAGUGGAAAAACUGAUGCGCUUCCUGCUGCUCUUCAGUCGCCAGGGGAAGCUGCGCCUGCAGAAGUGGUUCACGCCCAUUACGGAGCGUGAGAAGAAGAAGAUCAUCAGGGACAUGACCACCAUGGUGUUGGCACGGCAACCGCGCUCCUGCAACUUCCUGCACUGGAAAGACCUCAAGAUUAUUUAUAAGAGGUAUGCCAGCUUAUAUUUCUGCUUGGCCGUGGAGAACCAGGAGAACGAGCUGCUAGCACUGGAGAUCAUCCAUCGCUACGUGGAGCUGCUGGACAAAUACUUUGGCAAUGUGUGUGAGCUGGACAUAAUCUUUAACUUUGAGAAGGCCUAUUUUAUCCUGGAUGAGUUUCUAAUGGGAGGGGAGAUACAGGAAACCUCCAAACAGACCGUCAACCGGUGCAUCGAAGCCUCGGACAUGCUGCAGGAGGAUGACAGCAGUGAGUGGUAUGAGGUGGAGCUGUUUGGAUGACCUUGAAUAUGGACAGACAGACUAUGGAGGAGUAUAUGAGCAAACCUGCAUUUUAACACAAAACAAAGGGACUAGCGGCGGGGGCGAACACAGGAGGCCAGAUGUAAUCAUUCAAAGGAGUUCUGAACAUUUCGGUUCUGCAGAACAUUUUCAAAAGAGGAAACAUAGCGCGUGGAACGCCUGCUCGCGUUCUUGCUCGACGUGUGACUGCGUGUACUGUACCUUCAUUUGCUUUGAAGUGAAGCGGCGGGGUGGGUGGGAGUAGCUUGUGUUUAAAUUGAUUGCCUUAAUAAACUGGAAGUAGCGGAUGGGGGUUAAUGAAAAUCAUAACAGUGGAGUGAUUUUAGAUUUAUUAACUUGUUGGAUUUGUAUUCAAAUCAUGUGCUAAAAUAUUGGAUCAUUGUGAAUCAAUUAACUACAGUCCCGGUCAAUAUUUCAAGAAACAAUUUUCUCACGCCACUCAGAGUUGCAGUGUUUCUUACCAGCAAAUAACCAAGUUCUGAACCGAGACUGUUUUUUAAUCUGAAUAACAUAUUACAUGUAAGGGAAUAUUACUCUUUCCAAGGUUACUAGUGUGGGUGUGAGUCAUUUUUUUUUGUUUGUUUUCUUUUUUAAAAAAUGUGUAAUUUAUGACAUUAUGAUUAAAUGUUUAUUUUGAUACGA